AUGAGUCGUCUUUACGACACAAUAGAGCCUUCUGUCAUCGAUGAGCAGAUGCUCAAAGAUGCUGUCGAGGAGCAGGGACCGAAAAGUGAAGCCGGGAGGAUCGCCAAACAAGAAGGCAUUGAUUUUGGAGACGUCCUUUCGCUGAGACUUGAUUUUAAAAGUAGGUGUUUAUUAUUUUUGCCAACAAAGAUAUCAUGUGCUGAAUUAGAUGAUUGAUUUAUCUUGUUUAACGAAGACUUUUAUGUGUUUUUUUUUUCGCAAAGAUAUUUUAAAAAUCGACAAUUUAUGGAGCUUUGUCAACUUGACGAAGUUGCAAAUGGAUAACAACAUUAUUGAAAGGAUAGAAGGCCUGGAAAUGCUCGUUAACUUGGAGUGGCUAGGUAAAAAGUAAAUAAGACUAAACUCCUUUGUUAGUGUAUCAAUAAUCUUUUCCAUUGGUCUUUCUGGGUGAGGCGGGGGUUGGAGGGGCGGGGGGGGGGGGGCGUGGGGGGUAGUUUGGGGCCGGCGCCCCCCCCCCCCCCCCAAUUUGGAUGGACCAUUUUCCUAUUAUAAAAUUUAAUCUUGGCUUUUUUGUGUGUUUUAAAUUAAAAGUUUUUUUUUCUCUUUCUCCCCAAAAAAACCCCAAUUUUUCCUUUUUUGUGCGGGAAUAUGCAGUAUGAUUUUGAGAUGUUAUGAAAAGAAACGAAGGACGAUUUAAGAACAAAAAUUUGUAAAAUAGGGGUGGUAAAGGAAACAAGCCUGAUUGUAGGGAAGGUUAAAUAAUAAGGUUCUCGCCGCAACGCCUAUGUGACUAGUUUAACGUCGUUGUGGGGGGGGGGACGGGGGUGGGGGGAGCGGGGGGAGGGGGGGGGGGGAGUGGGGCAUGAGUGUAAGUUUGAGACAGCUGCACCCCCCGCCCCCCAAUUUGGAUAGACCAAUUUCAGUAUAUUAAAAUUCAUACUUGGCUUUCUAGAUGAUGUAAAUUACAAAGUUGUUUUUCUCAUAAUCCUCAAAUAAACCCCACAUUUUUCUGAUUGGGUGCGGCAUAAUAAUCAAGUGAAUACAGUACAGUAUGUCCAGAAGAUAUAUAGACUUAAGGUCAGGAGAAGUCUCUGCUUACAGCCUUUAAUUGAUAUAGGUUGGAUUCAAAGAAUGUUUGUACUGAGGCCAAAACUGAAUAAAAUGCUUGAAGAGUUUCUCUAAUUAGUGGCAGUCAUAUCUUUUCAUUUACUAUGUUCUCUGGCAGUUGUCUGGGAAGUAGCAGUUAUGAUUUUAAUACCUGUACUUUUGCUCAUUAGCUCUUAUUUCAAUUGCAGAUUUGUCAUUUAACAACAUUGAAGUCAUUGAGGGGCUUGAUAAACUCACCAAACUUAAAGAUCUUACCCUUUACAACAACAGAAUCUCAAAAAUUGAAAACAUGGACUCCCUGUCUCAGCUUCAUGUGUUUUCAGUCGGGAAUAACAGCCUCAAACAGCUGGAUGAUGUAAGUACUCAAAUGAUUGGUCGAUUUCAAUGAAAAACUGAAUAGAAGGCAGAUUUCUUGUGCAUAAUUGGUGUUCCUAGAAAGGUUUAUCUCAUAAUAAUAAUAAAGUCUCUUUAUAUGAUGUUCAGCGGGAGGCCGGAUGAGUAUGAGUUCUGAAAAGUAAAACAUAACAAAGGGAGAUCAUUUAUUGACCUCCAGAACAUUGAGAAAACCAUAAUUUUUUAGCCCAGUGUGAUGAUGAAGUUUACUGUCAUCACCUUAAUUAUUAAACCAUUAUCCAUUGACAAAAAUGGAAAGAGAGCGCCUUAAAUUUAGCGAAGUUAUCAAGUUUAAAGGUGAUAUGUCCAAAGAAAGGGAUUUAUUAGAUAUUGCUCCACAAAGUCGCAAAAUUUUACAGUCAUUUGUAAUAACUGGUGCCAGGACGUUAUGAACUUGCCCCACACUAGUUAAGUGUCUUUAAAAUUUUGCUACUUGGUAGAGCUAAUAUCUUCAUAAAGUUUUCACUCCAGGGAAGAUUUUUCUGUGUUGUUGUUAAUGAUUUUAAGGUAUUCUUUCCAGUGGUGUUGAUGAAUUAUUUAUAACAGGUCCCAGCCAAAAAUUAAAAAAACCACAACACAUCUACUUAAUUAGUAUAAGGAAAGGUUGAUAAUUGGAUACAUUGCAUUCAAUUUCAGGUUAUCUACCUUAGAAGGUUUAAAGUCUUAAGAACUUUGAACCUGAGUGGAAACCCUUUUUCUGAAGAAGCAAAUUACAAAGAGUAUGUCAUUGCACAUCUGCCAGAGCUUGUUUAUCUGGACUUCCGUCUGAUUGAUGAGUCAGCUCGUGAAGCUGCAGCUGAAAGGUACAAAUAUUCUGUUGAGGAGCGAGUACAUGAUGAGACAAUAGCCAAGAGAAAGCAAGAUGAAUUAGAAGAAAAGCAGAAGGAAAGACAGUUACAUAAGGUAAUUAUUUUAUAGCUGUAUCAUUUUAAUAAAUUAACUUGAGAUGAAGCUGAGUUUAUGCAGCUGUCUUGAGAGGUCGUACUAAAUUUUUAAAUUGAAAUUAUCCUGUAAGUAGUGAUGAUCAGUACAAUAAUUUUAAGAAUUAUUUUGUUUAAAAUCUUCAGCUUGCCUAUGUGGAGGAUCUAAAUGGUCCAUGGCUCUUUGAGAGUAUGUAUUCAGAGGAUCCUGAAGCCAGCAAACUAGCAGCCCUUCCAGGAAUGGAAGAAUUGUUAGAAGGGUAUCCUUUCACAGAAAACAAUAUUCCAAAUUAUGUUGUCUCUACAAAGAUGAGUUAUGUAGAACAAUGUCAGGACCAAAAAUUCCAUUCCACAUACUUGUAAUGGUGAGACAUUGUUUUAAUCAAACAUUUCAGGGAGUCAGUGGGUGUCUGCACUAAGUCUAAUGCCUGCUGGUGGGGUGUCCACAAUAUUACAGAAGUGUUCAUAAGGCAAGUCAGCAUAUCAGUUGAAAAUUAAAAUUCUGGUACCGGUAAUCGUUUUGCACUAAUUCUUGUUACGAUUUACAUUGAUUACAAAUGACCCAACUAUAGAAGAAGAGUAUUAUUAGUAUAGGUAAUAGCAUAUACUGCAGGGGAAGUUCUCAUUAAGUGCUGGCAACCAGAUAAAAAACCAGCUACGGUUGACUCUCGGUAUUAAUAAACUCGAACCCUCGCUAACUCGUACCUUGCGCUAAUUCGAACCAAAAUCGAUUUUCCCUGGAUUUCCGUCAUAAGUUUACUGUAAUUUUACCCUUAGUAACUCGAACCCCUGAUAACUUGAACCUCCCACUAACUUGAAGUAACUUUUGUUUCCCCUCAGAUCAUUUAUGUAAAAUUUUACCCUCGAUAACUCAAACCAUAUUUUGAGCCCUUAAAAGGUGGUGUCCAAAACAUUGAAUUUUGAAUUUCCCAUUGACGUGUUGUACGCAUAUAGUUUCCUUGUGAAGGUUGAUGUUGUUUGUCGCAAAUCUAUGUGAAACAGCUUUACUUCUCAAAACAGUAAAACCCAUGCUCGAUUUAGGCAAUGUUUUGUUACUGCGUUAUGUUCUGAGUUAUAAUAUAGAAGUAUCUUUCAAUUUUCACCUAACAUUCCUACAAUUAAGUGUGAUUAAGAAUUAAUGUUCAUUGUGCAAUAAAAACUGUUUUUUCCUUACUUCCGGCAAUUUUCUUCGAGCUCCCAAUAACUUGAACUCCCAGUAACUCUAACUAUUUGCGAUUUCCCUUGAAGGUUCAAGUUAUGGGGAGUCGACUGUACUUUAAGGUCUGAGCCGUCUUAACUUUUGGUAAAAAUGGGUUAAGUGAGGGAGUGAUAGCCUCAAAUUGCCUGCAGCACUUGAUUGCCAAGCGGCCUACUUUUACAUAUGAGAACUCUGAUUACACUUUAACUGACUCAAGAUACAAAGAGAAGUUCACAAGCAUCUGUGAGGAAAUAUUUGAGUUUGGUUUAAAGGAGCAUGAAAAACGAGAGGCAGAGAUUGCUUCAUUUUUCUCUUGUUUAGAGGAAGCAACAAAAGAUAAUAAUAAUGCCGGAGUCAAACAUAUUCACAACUACAUCGAGUACAAGAAAAAGGUGAGGACUUAUUAUGAAAAUCUAGUCUCUAUAGCAGGCAUAUGAGAGAUAAGGGGGUGGUAGCCAUUCUUUCCAUUUGUCAAUAAGCCAGGGUUGUAUGUUUACAAGAAGAACCCAGCUAGUAUUUAUAAACAUAAUUUACGAAAAUUCAGUCCUCAUAGGCCUGCUGUAACAGUUCAACAUUCAGGAUUCUGUCGUAGGUGUAUUGAGCUGCUCAUGCUCAGGGUGAAGAGAUGUAGUCUAAUAAUGUUUUCUAUUUUCUAUUUCAUCAUUUUUUUACUGCAAAGUCUGCAACCAUUAAUCAGUCCAUUUUGGCUUGCAUUAUCAGGUAUUUUUAGACUACACCAGCAUGACUGAUCAAAGUCACAUGGAAAGCUUGAUGAAGGAGAUUCUGGGGGAAAUCAGAAAACUGUGGGACACCCUCAUGGGACUAGAAAUGGAACUGGUGGAUCAGUUGGAGGUGCGUUGCAAUCUUGUCAUUGAUUUUAUGAUUUUUUUAGAAUUGAAGACAAAAGAACAACUAUCUUAACGUUCUUCAUUUUUGUUCCCUUAACAGGACACAAUCAAAGACUUUGAAAGGAACAUGGCAGACCUCGUGACUGCCUUUAUUGAGCAUGUGCAAGGAUUAUAUCCUUUAUAAAAUAACAUGAUGCAAAAAAGUCCCGGGAUCAGUUUUUAGAAAACCGUGAUUUUCCCAUACAUUUUCUGUAAUUUGACAGAAUCAAAAUUACAGAAAAUGUAUGGAAAAAUUGAGCUUUUCUAAAAACUGAUCACGGACUUCUUUGCACUCCAGAUUUAGGGAAUUGUUUCUUUGAACUAGAAAGUUACUCUUUUCAAAGAGAAAGCAUCAAAUCUGUGAAUUCGGGAAGAAUAAGCAGACUUUGAAUUCCAAUACAAAUCUUCGAAUUUCCCGCCAUCUUACCCUGAUUACUAAUGAUGCAACUAUGAGCGUGAACUCCUCUUUUGUGUUACCAAGAUUAAUUUCAAUCGUUCACUUUCAAUGACAACCUCAAGUGCUUAAACAACUUACAGAGACUACAGAUCCGUUUGCUACAAAACGUCUCUUUAUUAAAGUGUUGGCAACACCUAAGCUUGCAGAGCUAACACAGUCAAAGUAGUCGGUAUUUUUUCUGUAACUCUUUUUACAAUGACUCAGUUAAGAGACAUGGAAAACGCACAUAACGAAAAAGUGUCGGAUAUCGCUGUAGUCACACUUGAAAAGCUGAUGAAGAAUGAACUGGAGGAAGAUCUUCCUGAUGACCUGAGAAUGGUAAGUGCUAGUAGGCAUUUUCAGUGAUAUUGUCACAUCCACUUUUUCACACAAUUACAUUAAGCGUUAAAUGCAAUUAUCGUCGGUCUUUAUGGUAAUUAGUAACGGAAAGCCAAAAGCCAAACGUCCUUCCCUCGAGGCAGUGAUUUCCUUUGUUUACUCUUCUUGAAGUAUAAUUGACUUUGGAAAGGAUUGAUAGCAAUCUCUUGGUAUAAAGGGUUUCGUUUAUCGUUUGUCUCAAGAUCGUCACCUAGAUACUGAUCGAGACAUUUCGACCACGUACUGCACGUUUUCGACAGGCGAUAGUGUCGAUUUACUGAGUACGACUAUAUGUACCACCAUGGUUGUUAGUGAUUGGUGUAUCAGGAACCUCGUUCAUGGUUGAUGGGUCUCUAUCCAAAGGAUUGUUGGCAUUGUUAGGGGAGGAAACUGUUCCCUCAGCGUUCCGCUGUGGCAGCGAUCGGCUGCUAUCAACGAGAAACUUUACACACAUUAACUACGAUGAACAACAUCUUUCAUGACAAUCCCUGGGUACAUUCUAAUUUCAGACUGCGAUCAACCACCUUACAAAAUUUGAUGACGGAUUCGUUCUUUUUGUACAAAUUUGUUCAUUGAUUAUUUUUGAAAAUUUCGUCAGUGCUGGUCACUUCCAGAAUCACAAUAAAACAAAAUGAAAUUACAACUGUGAUUACCUUGUGUUCUUUUCUGAAGCUGUUUGUUGACAAGGACACCAUUAUGAAUGCUGUCAGCGCUUCUCAUGACACUCACCUUCUCAAGAUUGAUAACAAGGUAAGAAAUUGAUGAAUCUUCGGUCAGCAGUGACACAGACGACACCGAACAAACAUCCCAACUGUCCCAUCAGGCGAGUCAAACCUAGUACCUAUCACCGGCUUCUUGUUACCAGCGUAAAAUCUCAAUUAAGCCCCCUCCCCCCCCCCCGGGGGACUUGUUUAUUUCUUCGAUCCCAUCAUUCAAUGUGGGUUUUAGUGACCUAACGAACAAUGACUCGAGAAAGCAAAGUUAGGGAAGUUUUAGGUUCAUUAGUAAGAUUUAUUUUUAUUAUUUAUUAUUAUUAUUUAGUUUUGGUAAAGCAAAGCCUCCGGUAGGUCAUUUAGAUAAGGUCUCCCGUGAUUCAGAUAGGUGUUGAUGAAUGGAUGCAUUUCACGUUCAAAGUAAUUUACAUAAAGCGUUUUUUGUUAUAUGCAAGAAUUAAGUAUUAGUUUGAGACAAGUGAACUAAAAAUGUAGAGAAGUUGGUGGAGGAAACACUUCAAGCUUUAUAGUCCUGUUGGAAUGAACUGAGGACGUGCAUUUUUUUACAAUGUGCCAAAUUACAUUCCUAGUAGGUGGUCCUUCAAAAUCGAAAGUGGUCCUUGAAAAGUCCUUAAAAAUCGUUGUGAGAAACCAGGGCCUGCCUUCUUACUACGUUGACUGUUACUGCAUUUUUAGGAGGAUGACAUCUUGACCCGUGCCACAACAAGAAUGCAGUCACUGAACGAAAAAAUCCACAAUGACGAGGUGAAGAGAAACCGGAACAGGGUGGCGGAGAUCAAUAACUUAGUGGAUCAUUUUAGAGACGAGGCGGAGAGCUAUGAGGACAAGGGCCCCAUGUAG